AAAUGGCAGAGCCGAAGCAUCCAGUCCAGUGGCGGUUGGGCAAAAACUGGUGAAGAGAUUGGCCAGUCGCUUUGGUCUAUUUUGGCCCAUUCCUUCCAAGAGUGUUGGUCCCCAGCAAAUAUGCAGACAAGCACCCAACUUCCGACCACAAGCUCUGAAGAGAAAAGCAAACGUGUGGAUGUCUCUGCUCUUCUUCAAUGCCUACCAAAAUGUUUCGUCCAAUUUUAGACGCUAAAUUAGACCUCUCCAAAUUGAACGGAUCUCAUCACACUGCCUGCAGAACCCACUUCCAGAAAUUUCCGCAAUCAUGUCUCUAACAAUCAGACUACACAUCGCUCCCUACAAGACCCUCAAUCUCUCUGAUAUCAACAAGACGAAAAUUUCAAGUUUCAGCACCAGAAUUCGACCAAAACCCAUUUACCACUCCAACUCAUUGAUUCAUUUCGUGUAUGAUAAACCCAAAAUGCUAGAUUCUUCUAACCCAGUUGAAUCUUCUAUUCCUUCAAUCAAAAGCUCGCUUAUCGAGCCGGACGGUGGUGCUCUGGUGGAUCUGGUAGUGCCAGAGAGCGAGAGAGGAGCGAGAGCUUUAGAGGCGGAGUCAAUGCCUAAGGUGAGGCUAACCAAGAUCGAUGUGGAGUGGGUGCACGUGAUUAGCGAGGGAUGGGCGAGUCCGUUGACAGGGUUCAUGAGAGAAAACGAGUACUUGCAGAGUCUGCAUUUCAAUUCUUUGAGAAUGGCGGAUGGGACAGUGGUUAACAUGUCGCUACCCAUUGUUUUGGCGAUUGAUGAUGAGACCAAGGAGAGAAUUGGGUCGUCAAAGAAUGUUGGUUUGGUCGCUUCUGAUGGAGAUUUAAUUGGCAUUCUUCGAAGUAUAGAGAUAUACAAGCAUAACAAAGAGGAAAGAAUAGCAAGAACUUGGGGUACAACUGCCCCAGGAUUGCCAUAUGUUGAGGAGUGCAUUACUUCUGCUGGAAAUUGGCUCAUAGGUGGAGAUUUAGAAGUACUAAAACCUAUCAAAUACAAUGAUGGGCUUGAUCAUUAUAGGCUAUCUGCCCAACAACUUCGAAAGGAAUUUGAUAACCGUCAAGCUGAUGCUGUUUUUGCAUUUCAGUUGAGGAAUCCUGUACAUAACGGGCAUGCCUUGUUAAUGAAUGACACACGAAGGAGACUUUUAGAAAUGGGUUACAAAAAUCCAAUUCUACUGCUUCAUCCUUUGGGAGGUUUCACAAAGGCUGAUGACGUGCCUUUGGAUGUUCGAAUGGAACAACAUAGCAAGGUCCUAGAAGAUGGUGUUCUUGACCCUAAGACUACCAUUGUUUCUAUAUUCCCAUCACCUAUGCACUAUGCUGGUCCAACUGAAGUACAAUGGCAUGCCAAGGCACGUAUAAAUGCAGGUGCUAAUUUUUACAUUGUAGGUCGUGACCCUGCUGGUAUGGGUCAUCCAACAGAGAAGAGAGAUUUAUAUGACCCUGAUCAUGGAAAGAAGGUGCUAAGCAUGGCUCCUGGGUUGGAGAAGUUAAAUAUCUUGCCAUUUAGGGUGGCAGCAUAUGACACUGUGGCAAAGAAGAUGGCAUUUUUUGACCCAUCUCGUUCUCAGGACUUCCUCUUCAUCUCUGGAACUAAGAUGAGGACCUACGCAAGAACUGGGGAAAAUCCUCCAGAUGGUUUUAUGUGUCCUGGUGGGUGGAAGGUGCUUGUGAAAUACUACGAGAGCUUGCAGGUAGAAGAGGCACCAAAAAAGCCAACAGUUUUAUCCACUUAAAUAUGAUUUAUUACCUGAAUUUCACUCAAACAGAAGAAAGAGUUGUACUGUAGGGAUUGAGUGGAACACAGUUAGAAUUGGUUAUAGCAAAAAGGAAGAGUUUUGUUUUGACCCUGGGGAGUUGGGUUUCAUUUUAACUUAGGUUGUCUGAUAUGGAAGUAAGAUAUUAAUUUAUUUUUUAUUCAUUUAGACAAUUAUUUUUAUAAGCUUACGGUGCCGUUUUUGUACCAAA